GCCCGGUUCGCCCGGCGCCAUUCUGGGGAGGGACCUGGAGAAGAGGAGCCGCGCUUCGUCCCGCCUCCCCGCACUCAUUGGUCAGGCCGGGGAUGGGGAGGUCUGUGACCAAUCAAAUAUCACCUUGAGGACCUGCUUGUUCGAGGCGCUGAACGAAUCGCCUCUCAGCCUGCCUAGUCUCGCUCUUGCCCCUCCCCUCCCCGCACGCCUGCUCCAGGAUGCAGGCUCCCAUUGGACAGCUCCCGGGGGUGGGAUCAGGGCUGAGCCCGCCUCUCUGUCGGGUUUGGGCCCGUGCAGCGCGAGCGCUAGGUCUGCGGCGCGGCCGCCUGGCUCCCAGCUGCCAAGGUCAGUGCUCCGACCUUGGUCUCCCCGGCUCCGGGGCUCUCGGGCCUUCCCGGGGCAGGGGCGGAGGCGGGGCGGCCGCUCUCAGGCUUCCCCUCCCCCCGAGAAGACGAGGAGGAAGAGGCGGCGGCGGCGGCGGCGGCGGCAGCGAUGGGCCCGGGGACCCUGCAGGCCGGGGCCAGCCAGGAGUCGGUGACCUUCAAGGAUGUGGCUGUGGACUUCACCCUGGAGGAGUGGGAACACCUGGACCCACUUCAGAAGGAGCUGUACUGGGAGGUGAUGCUGGAGAACUACAGGAACCUGGUGUGCCUGGGACUCGCAGCUUCCAAGCCGGAUGUGAUCGGACAGCUGGAGAGUGGGGAAGCACCAUGGAGGCCAGGGGGAGAGGACCCCAGAAGCUGCUGGGCAGAUUGGAAGAAUAGCCUUGGGAUGAAUGAAUCACCUCAAAAGCAUUGCCUCUCCAUGGAAGACUCAUCUUCUGGAAGACACACAGAGGAUGUUCCCUUUGUUUCCACAUUGGGAGAAGCCUGGGAAUGGGAUGCCAGGUUGGAAAGGCAGCAGAGUGACGAGGACAGAUAUUCUGGACAAGGAAAACUCACCUGGAAGAAACCUUCCAAUAAUUUAAGAGGCAGUGAAUAUAAACAAUGUGGCAAGAGUUUUGGACUGAGGACAGGUCUUUCACCACAACCAGGUGUCCGUAAGUGGGAUACACGUAGUCGAGGCUUCAGACUAUACUUAGAGCUAAGAAGAUGUUACAGAAUAUUCUCAAGGAAGAUAUUCUCUCAGUACAAUGAAUGUGGGGAAUCCAUAAUUUGUAACUCAAGUCUUUUUGAAAAUCAUAGAAUAUAUACUAGAAAGAAACCUUUUGAAUGUAAUGAAUGUGGGAAGGCCUUCUACCAGAGGGGACAACUCACUGCCCAUCAGAGAAUUCAUACUGGAGAGAAACCUUAUGAAUGUCAUCAUUGUAAAAAGGCCUUCGGGAGGAAAACACACCUUACUGUACAUCAGAGAAUACAUAGUGGAGAGAAACCAUAUGAAUGUAGUGAGUGUGGGAAGGCCUUUCAACGGAAUGCAAUGCUUAUUCAACACCAGAGGAUUCACACCGGAGAGAAACCUUAUGAAUGUAGUGAGUGUGGGAAGGCCUUUCACCGGAGCUCAAUGCUUAUUCAGCACCAGAGGAUUCACACCGGAGAGAAACCUUAUGAAUGUAGUGAGUGUGGGAAUGUCUUUCGCUGGAGGACCUAUCUUACUGUACACCAGAGAAUUCAUAGUGGAGAGAAACCUUAUGCAUGUAAUGAAUGUGGGAAAGCUUUCAGCCAAAGGUCACAGCUCACUCUGCAUCAGAGAAUGCACACUGGAGAGAAGCCUUAUGAGUGCGAUGAAUGUGGUAAGGCCUUUUACCAGAGCACUGGACUGACUCUACAUAAGAGAAUUCAUACUGGAGAGAAACCUUAUGAGUGUGCAGAAUGUGGGAAGGCAUUUUACAGGAACAGAGGACUUAGUGCACACCGGAAAAUUCACACUGGAGAGAAACCUUAUGAGUGUAAAGAAUGUGGGAAGGCCUUUCGACAGAGGUCGCAGCUGAGUCUGCAUCAGAUGAUUCAUACUGGAGAGAAACCUUAUGAAUGCAAUGAAUGUGGGAAGGCUUUCCGCUUGAGCCAAGGGCUUACUGAACACCAGAGAAUUCACACUGGAGAGAAACCCUAUGAAUGUAAUGAAUGUGGGAAGGCCUUUCGACAGAGGUCUCAGCUUACUGUACAUCAGAGGAUUCAUACUGGCCAGAAACCUUAUAAAUGUAGUGAAUGUGGAAAGACCUUCAGUGUGAGAACAGGUCUUACUCGUCAUCAGAGAAUUCACACCAGAGAGAAACCUUAUGAGUGCAGUGAAUGUUUGAAGGCCUUCAAUCAGCGAUCACACCUUACUCAGCAUCAGAGACUUCAUACAGGAGAGAGACCUUAUGAAUGUAACGAAUGUGGGAAGACCUUCAUUGUAAAAACAGGACUUAUUCAACAUCAGACAACUCAUACUGGAGAGAAACCUUAUGAAUGUAAUGAAUGUGGAAAGGGCUUCAGUUUGAGGACAGAUCUUACUCGGCAUCAGAAACUUCAUACCAGAGAGAAACCUUAUGAAUGUUUUGAAUGUGGGAAGGCUUUCCACUGGAGCUCACACCUUACUCAACACCAGAGAAUUCAUACUGGAGAGAAACCUUAUGAAUGCAGUGAAUGUGGUAAGGCUUUUCACCAGAGGUCAAGCCUUAAUGAACAUCAGAGAAUUCACACUGGAGAGAAACCUUAUGAAUGUAAUGAAUGUGGGAAGGCUUUCAGUAGAAGCUCACGACUUAUUGUACAUCAGAGAAUUCACACUGGAGAGAAACCUUAUGAAUGUAGUGAAUGUGGGAAAGCCUUUAGCAAGAGCUCACAGCUUAUUGUACACAAAAGAAUUCAUACUGGAGAGAAGCCUUAUGAGUGUAAUGAAUGUGCAAAGGCUUUCAGAAGUAGCUCAGGACUUAUUCAACAUCAGACUACACAUACUGGAGAGAAACCUUAUGAAUGUAAUGAAUGUGGGAAGCCCUUCAGCCAUAGCUCACAUCUUAUUGUACAUCAAAGAAUUCAUACAGGAGAGAAGCCUUAUGAGUGUGAUGAAUGUGGGAAGACCUUCCGUUUGAAGACAAGUCUUACUCUUCAUAAGAGAAUUCAUACUGGGGAGAAACCUUUUGAAUGUAAUGAAUGUGGCAAGACCUUCAGUGUGAGAAAACGUCUUACUCUACAUAAGAGAAUUCAUAGCCGAGAGAAAACUUUGGAAUAUUUAGAAUGUGAGAAAACCUUCCAUGGGACAUCACAACUUACUCUACAGGAGAGAAUUCAUACUGGAGAGAAACGUUUUGAGUGUUUUGAAUGUGGCAAAGCCUUCCAUGGAAGCUCACAGCUUACUCUACAUUGGAGAAUUCAUACUGGAGAGAAACCUUUUGACUGCAAUGCCUGUGGCAAAGCCUUCAGGCAGAGAUCACAGCUUACUGUACAUCAGAAAAUUCAUACUGGAGAGAAACCUUAUGAAUGCAAUGAAUGUGGAAAGGCCUUCAUCCGGACAACAGAUCUCACUAGGCAUCAGAGAAUUCAUACGGGGGAGAAACCUUAUGAAUGUAAUGAAUGUGGGAAAGCCUUUAGCCAGAGGUCACAACUUAUUGUCCAUCAAAGAAUUCAUUCUGGAGAGAAACCUAUGAAUGUAAUGAAUGUGGGAAGUCCUUCAGUCAGAGAUCCCAACUUAUUGUACAUCAAAGAAUUCAUACAAGAAAGAAACCUUAUCCUCCUUUAUCUUCUUUCAACAGUUAAGUAUUUGACUCUAAGUCCUCUGUAUGUCUGUAUAUUUCUCUCCUUUGUCUUUAGGUCAUCACAGUUAAAGUUUUUCCCCUUUCAUCUUUAACUGCACCUUCUCUCUCUUUGUUGUGUCUUGGUUUUUUUCUCAUAUGCAUUAAAUUGAUUGU